GCACAACCUUAUCGAAAUAAUCUUAAACGUGAACCAUGUGAUUAUAUAUUUAAUUCAUCGAUUUCAAAACGUGGUGAAUUCUUUUCUUCAACAUAUCCAGGAACUUAUUUACCAUGGCAAUUUUGUAAUUAUUCAUUUAUUGGUUUACCUAGUGAACGUAUUCAUAUUCGUUUUCGUGAUUUAAUAAUUUUUAAAACGCCUAACACUCAACACUGUGCUGUUGAUUUAAUAAAAUUAUAUGAUAAUACAUUAGAUCCACCAGAACUUCGUCGUUUUUUAUCGAGCUUUCGACACGUCACUAAUCAAGAACAUCAUGUUGUGUCUGAACAAAUAGAUCAACAUCAUAUAACAGAUCUAUGUGGUACAUAUACAUUACCACUUGAUGUUUAUUCAACAAGCAAUCAUCUAUUACUUUAUUUUAUUGCAACCCAUUACGCUGAAUUAACUGAUGAUGAACAAUCACAAGUAAACGAUUUUUCAGGGCCAUUAUGGCGAAAAGGUUUUUAUGCUGAAUAUGAAUUUUUAUCAUCAUUAACUAAACUUGAUUUUAUAACAAAAAAUAAAUCCAAUCAAUAUUUAUCUGGUACUGAAUGUGAUCAAACAAUAAAAUCAUUUGGUCAAGGACAUGGUAAACUUCAAUCACCAAACUGGCCACAGCCCUAUAAACCACAAACAUCAUGUACAACAUAUUUAUUAGGUUUAGAUGAUCGUUAUACAUUAGAAAAUGUUGAAAUUGAAUUUGAUCAUUUUGAUAUUGAUUGUAGUUUAGCUUCAUUAGUUAUUUAUAAUGCAAGUAGAAUAUAUGAUUAUCGUUUACGUACACGUCCACAAUCAGCAUCAAGUAGUUCUGUAUCAACAACAGUUAAAAAAUCUUCAUUAUUUAGUAAUUAUUAUCGACAAGAACUUGAUUUUAAAGCAAACCUUUCAUUUUGUGGUCAUUUUAAACCCGAAGGACGUUUUGUUUCACAAAAUGCAUUACUUAAAUUAUCAUUUAUUCCAAAUGAUCGUUCUGGAAAUAAUGUUUUACCAUCAAUAAUAACUGGUGGAAAAUUUCAAGCAAGCUAUAAAUUUGUUAAAAGUUAUCAUCAAGUAUCAGCUGAUGAAUAUGAUGGAAUAAAUCCUACUAUUUGUAAUCUCUCCUAUUAUCAAUCUCGUACAUUAUAUGGAAAAUUUGAACCACCACGUUCAUCUGAAAAUGAUUAUUUUGCUAAUUCAAAUUGUACAUUUAACUUCUAUCCAUUAAAUGAUAAUUCACGUUUACUUAUUUGGUAUGAUUAUUUUAAUAUUGCUGAUGAUGAUCUUAUACAAUGUUCAUCAGAUAAUUUAACAUAUACAUAUAAUCUCUAUUCAUCAUCAUCUGUUUAUUUACAUCCAUUUAUUUAUUGUGGUUAUAGAAAUUUUCCAUCACCAUUUUUAACUAUACGUUCAACAGAACAUUUUCAUGUUCAUUUUCGUUCAAAUGAUGAUUCAGAAGCUGGUUUAGGUUUUGAAGGACGUUAUCAAUUUUUAAAUCAAUCAAGCCCAUAUUUUUCAUCAUUUUGUCGAAGUCCAUUUGAUUCUGUUGUUUAUAUAAAUGAAACAAUUGAACCAUCAGGUAAUAUAUCAAGUAAUGGUUAUCCAGAAAAUAUUAUUUGUGAAUGGUCAUAUGUAACAACACGUGGAUAUCAAUUUAUGUUAGAAUUAAAUAUACUUCAAAUUGAAGGUUCAAAAACAAAAGAUCCACCACAAGGUUGUCAAUCAUCAAUUCUAAGAAUUUAUAGUGAAGGUCGUAUUGAUGAAUUAUGUGGACAACAAGAAACAAUUUAUUAUUUUGUUACUGAUUCAAAUUGGUUUACAAUACAAUUUAUUUCAUUAAAUCGACAAACAAAAGAAGCAUUACGUGGUUUUCUAUUAUAUUGGACAGUUAUACAAACGAAAAUGAAUAUUACUAAUAAUCAAUGUUUAUUAUCGGAUGAAUAUUUUUAUUGUAAAAAAACUUCAAAUAGUACAAUUUCGAAUUUUUGUAUUCAUAAAUCACUUCUAUGUGAUGAUCAUGUUCAUUGUCAACCAUUAUCAAAUGAUGAUGAACAUCCAUCAAAUUGUUUUCUAUCAACUCCAACACGUUCCAAAUAUUCAUUACCAAUGUCAUCAUCAUCAUCAUUUUUACAACAACAUCUUAUAUUAAUUAUAAUUAUUUUUGUUCUAUGUAUAACUAUGUUAUGUAUUGCUUUAAUAUUAAUAUUUUUACUUAUUAAAAUGAAACGAAGACAACAAGAUAUGAAUUUACCGAAAGAAAUCAAGAUAAAUAAACAAAAACAGCAGCGACGACGACAAAAACAACGUCAAAAUCAACAGGAUAAUUUAUCAUUACGAAAAAAAUCAGUACAAACAUAUUUAGAUGAUGAUGAAGAUAAUAAUCAUGAUUUAAUUAGUAUUAAUAUGAUGGAACAAGCGGUGACUACGGUUUAA